CCUCCUCCUUUUGCGGCCUCCGCUAAUGCUCUUACUCCCUUCUUAAAACAAAAUUUAAAAACUGAAAAAAGAUCCAACGAUCCCUAAUUGUCCAACCGUAUCUAACGGUCAAUAAUUAAUUAAUCUCGCUAUAAAACGAAAAUCAAACUAUAGUGGUCAACCAUAUCUCAAGAGAUGAAAGCUGAUCAAAAACGGUUACUCUCACCUUGGAUUUCUAAGGAAAUUAAAAAAAUUGUUUGUUUCUUUUGUUAUUUGAAUCUUUGGAAAGCUGCAGUUUAUCGCUUUUGUUCCAAGUGCUGAGAUCACAUCAGAUCAGAUCGUUUCAGCUCGUUAAAUAUCUCGCUCGCUUGUGCAUUUCUGUUGCUUGAAUUUGGUAAUGAUGUAAACAAGGGUUAGAUUAAGAUUUGUUGAUGGUAUGAUUUUGAAAGAUUAAAGGUCCAACCAUGGAGGGGGAAAAGUUGCCGCGGAUUUCCCGGAAAGGGAUUCAGGAAUAUCUGAACAAAGAGACGCCUCAUGUGGAGCUACAAAAUAUAACUGCUAAAGGAUUGAUAAUCGAUCAUGCCCGUAAGGGAUUUGUGCGCUGUACUUUCAUCAUACCGCCUUCUGCAUCAGAUGCACAUGGAAACUGGCAAGUGGGUGCAAUUGCAACGAUAGUUGACAUCGUUGCAUCAAUCGCCAUAUGCACCGAAACUGCAAUAAUUCGAGGCAAUGUCACAAUGGAUUACAACAUUUCAUAUUAUUCAUCGGCUAAAAUUCAAGAAGAAGUAGAGAUAGUGGCAAAAGUUGUAGGGAACAAAGGAAAGCUUAGCUCAAUAAGAGUGGAGGUGAAGAAGAAAGACAAUGGAGAGUUAAUUGCAAUUGCCAAACAAUGGACUGCUUCUAACGAAUUUAGGGCACCAUGGAUAAACCAUCCUAGCAAACUUUAACAACUAUGUAUUAUUUAAUUUGUUUUCUUCUUUUCUUCAUUUAGAAAUAUAUAUAACUAAAAAAGUUAAAAGAUUGUAUUUUGAUACACCAAUGAAAUUCAUACAUAUUGAUAUUUAUUGCUUUGUAAUUGACUCAUGUAAGUUGUGAAAAAUUUUAGUAGUAAAUGUGACACUAAGGAGUGCACAAACUUUAAUCCCAAAAUGAUAAA